AAUUAAAAAGAAAUAUCUGACUACAAAAGACUAAACAUUCUUUCCUAAUAUUGUGGAGAUACUACUACUUACUAACACUUUAUCCUCUGCAUUCUUUUAUCAAAGAUCACGUUUUCUAUAAUUUGUAACUUUUUCAUAUUAUGCCUAAUCACCUGUCCAAUAUUUCUUCGACUUACCUGUACCCGCCUAAAUCAUCCACACCUCCGAAUUAAAGCAUUCGUAUUCUCCUCCUCAUCACAUGCCCCGAACAUAAUAAUACUUUUUCAUUUUAAUUUGUUUGGAAUUUUAGAAGGUAAAAACGAUUUUUGAAUCUCGUUGUCUUUAAUUAGAUAUGCAAAUGUAUCAAAACAUCCUCUAUAGUUUAGGUGUUUUGUGCAAUCCAUGAUUAUGAAAUGCCGAUAUAUUCCAAGUACAACGAUUAACUUGAAGGGAACAAGUACAAGUACAGCCAGUAGUAGUUCAGUUUUAUGUAGGGAACAAGUUUCAGUAGCUACUGUUGAGCUGACCCAUAAUACUGAUUCAUGUAAAUCCCACACUUGCAUUUCCAAUGCCCUUAAAAUUUCGGCGAGAACGGGCAAUUAUGAUCAAGGCAGACGCAUACAGGCCCAGAUAAUUAAGUUGGGCAUGACUAAUGUGCUUUCUCUGGGAAACCAGCUCUUGCAUGUUUAUGUAAAAUGCAAGGACUUUGUUCAUGCGCGCAAGAUGUUCGAUGAAAUGCGUGUUAGAAAUAUUGUAACGUGGAACACCUUCAUAUGUGGUUUAAGGGAUGUGUCAAGUCAAACAUGGACAAGUAAAGAUGGAUGGAGGGAGUAUUCUACUGAGUGUUUGAAGACAAAUGAUCAUCUGGGGUUCUGUUACUUCAAGCAAAUGUUGAUGGAAUCGGUGUCUCCUGAUUGCAUUACUUUCUGUGGGUUGCUUCGACUUUGUGUGGAGAUAAAUGAUGGUGUUUGGUUGGCCAAGGAGUUGCAUUGUGCAAUCGUGAAGCUGGGAUAUGAUCAAAGUUGUUUUCUUGGUGCCACUCUUGUUGAUUUGUAUGGGAAGUUUGGGUUGGUUGGAGAGGCUAGGUGUGUUCUUGGGGGGGUUUUAGCGCGUGAUUUGGUGUUGUGGAACGUUAUGGUUUCUUGCUAUGUACUGAAUGGUUUGGGUGAAGAGGCUUUCUGGUUAUUCAAUUUGAUGAGAGUGGAGGGGUUUGAGGGGGAUGAGUUUACAUUUGCUAGUCUACUUAAUUCCUGUGCUAGUUUGGGAUUUUAUGACUCAGGCAGGCAGAUCCAAGGACUUGUUAUUAAAGUUUGCCUUAACAAGGAUGUUGUGGUUGAAAGUGCACUUGUUGAUAUGUAUGCAAAGAACGAAUAUAUGGCUGAUGCUCGCAAGGCUUUUGACGCAAUGGCCUUCAGAAAUGUGGUCUCUUGGACCACUAUUAUUGUCGGUUAUGGACGCCGUGGAGAUGGGGAGGAAGCUAUGGAACUUCUAAAGUGGAUGUUAAGAGAGGAUUUUGUUCCUGAUGAGCUCACUUUGGCUAGUGUUCUUAGUUCGUGUGGCAACUUAUCAAUGGCCACUGAAACUGUACAAGUUCAUGCUUAUGCAGUAAGGUAUGGGUUCUCAAAUUCUUUAUCAAUUGGAAAUGCAUUGAUAAAUGCAUACUCAAAGUGUGGCUGUAUAGCUCAUGCUCACCAAGUAUUCAGUUCAAUACAAGCACCAGAUCUUUUCUCAUGGACAUCAGUAAUUGGAGCUUAUGCAUCUCAUGGCUUUUCAAAGGAAGCCGUUCAACUUUUUGAGGAGAUGUUGGUAAAUGGCGUGAAGCCAGAUGGCAUAGUAUUUCUAGAGGUUCUCUCUGCCUGUAGCCAUGGUGGUCUCUUUAGUAAAGGAUUGGAGUACCUUAGUUUGAUGACUAAUUACUACCAAAUUAUGCCAAGCUCAGAACACUAUACUUGUCUCAUAGAUCUGUUUGGACGAUUAGGCCUUCUAAAUGAGGCUUAUGAAAUUCUUAACUCAAUGCCAGUAGAACCCCAGCCAGAUGCCCUGAAGGCUUUCGUUGGUGCUUGUAAAAUUCAUGGAAAUAUGAAAAUGGCAAAAUGGGCUGCCGAAAAGCUUUUCAUGAUAGAUCCAAAUGAUACUGCUACUUACGUCCUGAUGUCAAACUUGUAUGCAUCUGAUAGUAAUUGGUCUGAUGCAGCCUUGAUCUGGGAAAUGGCAAGAGAGGGGUUGCAUAACAAGUCGCCAGGCUUUAGCAUGGAAAUUGCUCACGGAAUCAACACAUUAGCAUGUAGAGGUAAUCCUUCACUAAACACUUUGGCUGUCUUUAGAAUGAAAUUGGAGAACAGGGAAUAGAUGUAUAUAAAACAAAGCAAGAUUGAAUAUCUUGCAGCAGCUGUGCAAAGAGCAAGGCAAUGGUAGCCAGACUGAUAUUGUGAAAGAUAAACCUCUGCACAACAGUUGUUUAGAGCAUGUCAAUGUCACAACAAACUUUUAGCAUUUCACUGCUAUGUAUUAGUAUGAUCUAAAGCCAAAAGCUUUAGCCGGGCUUCAGGAAGCCAAAAGACCUUCCGAUGGGUGGAGGCUCAGCUGCAUUCUUUUCAGAGAAACACAAGUACAUAAUAUCUAACUUUACGUUUUUGCAAGAUUGAGAAGGGGAAUUGUCUAUACUGUUGGCUUCUUGUCGAUAGAGAUUUAUUUCUGAAAGGAAACUCAGCUUUACCCAUAACUUCUCCAGCAUCUGUAUAUUUGAGAAGAUUCAAACUUCCAUUUGCAGAAUGUAUAUUCGCCCCUCUUCCUUUUGAUACUAAAUUUUCAUGAUUCACCCAUUUUACAAAA